AGGUCGGAACAGUAGCAAAGGAUUGCCUCAGUCUACGAUUUCUUUUGAUGGAAUCUAUGCAAAUAUGAGGAUGGUUCAUAUACUUACAUCAGUUGUUGGAUCCAAAUGUGAAGUGCAAGUGAAAAACGGAGGUAUAUAUGAAGGAGUUUUUAAAACAUACAGUCCUAAGUGCGAUUUGGUACUUGAUGCUGCACAUGAGAAAAGUCCAGAAUCCAGUUCGGGCCCAAAACGUGAAGAAAUAAUGGAGAGUAUUUUGUUCAAAUGUUCAGACUUUGUUGUGGUGCAAUUUAAAGAUAUGGACUCCAGUUUUGCAAGAAGAGAUGCUUUUACUGACUCAGCUAUCAGUGCUAAAGUGAAUGGUGAACACAAGGAGAAGGACCUGGAGCCCUGGGAUGCCGGGGAACUCACAGCCAGUGAAGAGCUAGAGGCUUUGGAAAACGAUGUUUCUAAUGGAUGGGAUCCCAAUGAUAUGUUUCGAUAUAAUGAAGAAAAUUAUGGUGUAGUAUCUACGUAUGAUAGCAGUUUAUCUUCAUAUACGGUACCCUUAGAGAGGGAUAACUCCGAAGAAUUUUUAAAACGAGAAGCAAGGGCAAACCAGUUAGCAGAAGAAAUUGAAUCAAGCGCUCAGUACAAAGCUCGAGUGGCCCUGGAAAAUGAUGAUAGGAGCGAGGAAGAAAAAUAUACAGCAGUUCAGAGAAAUUCCAGUGAACGUGAUGGGCACGGCAUAAACACUAGGGAAAAUAAAUAUAUUCCUCCUGGACAAAGAAAUAGAGAAGUUAUAUCCUGGGGAAGUGGGAGACAGAAUUCACCGCGUAUGGGCCAGCCUGGAUCCGGCUGCAUGCCAUCAAGAUCCACUUCACACACUGCAGAUUUCAACCCGAAUUCUGGUUCAGACCAAAGAGUAGUUAAUGGAGUUUUUAUACUUUCCUUCAUAUCAUUUGUUCUGUCAGGUGUUCCCUGGCCAUCGCCUUGCCCAUCUCCUUCCUCUCGCCCACCUUCUCGCUACCAGUCAGGUCCCAACUCUCUUCCACCUCGGGCAGCCACCCCUACACGGCCGCCCUCCAGGCCCCCCUCGCGGCCAUCCAGACCCCCGUCUCACCCCUCUGCUCAUGGUUCUCCAGCUCCUGUCUCUACUAUGCCUAAACGCAUGUCUUCAGAAGGGCCUCCAAGGAUGUCCCCAAAAGCCCAGCGGCACCCUCGAAAUCACAGAGUCUCUGCUGGGAGGGGUUCCAUAUCCAGUGGUCUAGAGUUUGUAUCCCCCAACCCACCAAGUGAAGCAACUACUCCUCCAGUGGCAAGGACCAGUCCCGCAGGGGGAACAUGGUCAUCAGUGGUCAGUGGGGUUCCAAGAUUAUCUCCCAAAACUCAUAGACCUCGGUCUCCCAGACAGAACAGUAUUGGAAGUACUGCCAGUGGGUCAGUUCUUGCUUCUCCCCAAGCUGGUAUUAUUCCGGCUGAAGCUGUUGCCAUGCCUAUUCCAGCUGCAUCUCCUACACCUGCAAGUCCUGCAUCCAACAGAGCUGUGACCCCGUCUAUUGAGGCUAAAGAGUCCAGACUUCAGGAUCAGAGGCAGAAUUCUCCUGCAGGGAAUAAAGAAAAUAUUAAACCCAGUGAGACAUCACCUCCCUUCUCAAAAGCUGAAAAUAAAGGUAUAUCACCAGUUGUUUCUGAACAUAGAAAACAGAUUGAUGAUUUAAAGAAAUUUAAGAAUGAUUUUAGGUUACAGCCAAGUUCCACUUCUGAAUCUAUGGAUCAAGUACUAAACAAAAAUAGAGAGGGAGAAAAAUCAAGAGAUUUGAUCAAAGAGAAAAUUGAAUCAAGUGCUAAAGAUUCUUUCAUUGAAAAUAGCAGCAGCAACUGCACCAGUGGCAGCAGCAAGCCAAGCAGCCCCAGCAUCUCCCCUUCAAUACUUAGUAACACAGAGCACAAGAGGGGCCCUGAGGUCACAUCCCAAGGGGUGCAGACUUCUGGUCCUGCGUGUAAACAGGAGAAGGAUGAUAAAGAGGAGAAGAAAGAUGCAGCUGAGCAAGUUAGAAAGUCAACAUUGAAUCCCAAUGCAAAGGAGUUCAACCCUCGUUCUUUUUCUCAGCCAAAGCCUUCUACCACCCCAACUUCACCUCGUCCUCAAGCACAACCUAGCCCAUCUAUGGUGGGUCAUCAGCCGCCAACUCCAGUUUAUACUCAGCCUGUUUGUUUUGCACCAAAUAUGAUGUAUCCAGUUCCAGUGAGUCCAGGCGUCCAACCUUUAUACCCAAUACCCAUGACGCCCAUGCCAGUGAAUCAAGCCAAGACAUAUAGAGCAGGUAAAGUACCAAAUAUGCCUCAGCAACGGCAAGACCAGCAUCAUCAGAGCACCAUGAUGCACCCAGCCUCAGCAGCAGGCCCGCCCAUCGUAGCCACCCCGCCAGCGUACUCCACUCAGUAUGUGGCCUACAGUCCUCAGCAGUUCCCAAAUCAGCCACUAGUUCAACAUGUGCCACAUUAUCAGUCUCAACACCCUCAUGUCUACAGUCCUGUGAUACAGGGUAAUGCUAGAAUGAUGGCACCGCCUGCACAUGCCCAGCCUGCGUUAGUGUCUUCUUCAGCAACUCAGUACGGGGCUCAUGAGCAGACGCAUGCAAUGUAUGCAUGUCCCAAAUUACCAUACAACAAGGAGACAAGCCCUUCUUUCUACUUUGCCAUUUCCACGGGCUCCCUCGCGCAGCAGUACGCACACCCUAAUGCUACCCUGCACCCACAUACUCCACAUCCUCAGCCUUCAGCCACACCCACUGGACAGCAGCAGAGUCAGCACGGUGGAAGUCAUCCUGCACCCAGUCCUGUUCAGCACCAUCAGCACCAGGCCGCCCAGGCUCUCCAUCUGGCCAGUCCACAGCAGCAGUCAGCCAUAUACCACGCGGGGCUUGCACCAACCCCACCUUCCAUGACGCCUGCCUCCAAUACGCAGUCGCCACAGAAUAGUUUCCCAGCAGCACAACAGACCGUCUUCACAAUUCACCCUUCUCAUGUCCAGCCAGCAUAUACCAACCCGCCCCACAUGGCCCAUGUACCUCAGGCUCAUGUACAGUCAGGAAUGGUUCCUUCUCAUCCAACUGCCCAUGCGCCAAUGAUGCUAAUGACGACACAGCCACCCGGCGGUCCCCAGGCCGCCCUCGCUCAAAGUGCACUACAGCCCAUUCCAGUCUCGACAACAGCGCAUUUCCCCUAUAUGACGCACCCUUCAGUACAAGCCCACCACCAACAGCAGUUGUAAGGCUGCCCUGGAGGAACCGAAAGGCCAAAUUCCCUCCUCCCUUCUACUGCUUCUACCAUCUGGAAGCACAGAAAACUAGAAUUUCAUUUAGUUUUUAAAAAAUAUACGUUGAUUUCUUGUAACAUUCAAUAGGAAUGCUAACAGUUCACUUGCAGUGGAAGAUGUUUGGACCGAGUAGAGGCAUUUAGGAACUUGUGGGCCGUUCCAUAAUUCCAUGUGCUGUUUCAGAGUCCCGCAGGAACCCCAGCUCUGCUUGCCAAAACUGGAAGUUAUUUAUUUUUUAAUGGCCCUUGAAAGUCAUGAACACAUCAGCUAGCAAAAGAAGUAACAAGAGUGAUUCUUGCUGCUAUUACUGCUUUAAAAAAAAAAAAAUCAAGACUUAGCCCUUUUACUAAACUUGACAAAGGUUCAGUAAAUUCUUACCGUCAAACUGAUGGAUUAUUAUUUAUAAAUCAAGUUUGAUGAGGGGAUCACUGUCUACAGUGGUUCAACUUUUAAGUUAAGGGAAAUACUUUUACUUUGUA